UUUUCAAUUUCACAAGCAAAUUAGAAUUCAUAACUCUGUUUUUAUAUAAACCGAUUGGACCACUUGGAGAUGAAUUGGAAUUUAUGGACAUUAAUCUGACCAGAUACAUGAGAUAUAGCACUAGAUUAUUAAUAAAACGGGAUUAGAUGAACACAACGCUGGUCAUGAUAAUUGGCACACAAGCUUUGAUCAUCAAUGUCAUCGGAAACGUAACUAUUCAAAUUCUUGGAUAAGAUAUUAUCAUAAACGAAUCAUGGAGAAAAGCAUACAAUGUUUCAGACAAAUCCUGCAACUGCUCGUCAUCUUAGUCGUACACGUUCCCAGCUCAUACAGUCAGACCUGCCAACAACCUCUAAAGACUAGCGUUCCUGGUGACGUCAUCAUCGGGGCCCUGUUCAACAUGCACGAAAAGGGAAUCGGUGGCACGGAGUGCUCAGGGGUGAUCAACCCAAGCUCUAUUCAACGUCUGGAAGCUGCCAUGUUCGCCGUGAAGAAACUGAAUGACGCCAACUUCAUCAGAGGAGUGAAAUUCGGUCUUGAGGCAUUUGAUACAUGUGGCAAUAAAGACGUUGCUCUUCGAAGAGCGAUGUCCUAUCUUGCCUCAAGGCAGAACCUAACUGACAGUGAUGGCGAUAUUUGCCCCGCAGAUAAAAUAUUUCCUGGUGUGAUUGGACCAAUGUAUGGUGAUGAAACGAAAGCAGUUGGUAACCUUCUGAAUGACGCAAAUGUAGCACAAGUGGCGUUAGGUCAUAUCCCUCGUUCAAUCAAGGCGACUGGGAGUACAUACAGUCUAAGUGUGGUACCUAGACUUGACCAUAUAUCCGAGGUCAUAAUCAGCAUUAUCACAGCCAUUCAAUGGCAAGGUGUUGCGGUUGUCGUUGAUAUGGAUUCCAACUCUCGUUACGUCAUGGAUCAGCUGAUGAAAACUGCGGGAUCUCGUGAUAUAUGCAUCCAUAAGACUGUUGAGGUUAAUGAUCUUACCGAUGAUGAGAUUGAGGAGGCUGUUGAGGAACUGUCGACCAUAGUCAACCAAGGUGUAACAGGGGUAGUUAUGUUAACAAACCCCGAGACAACGUUCAAGCUUUUCAAAAUGGUGGAGCAGAAGAGCAAAUCACUUAGUGUAUUAACAAGACUCCAAUGGAUAACUCCUUUCGGUUUCGAGGAUUCAUUUAGCUACCACGAUAUUAAAUCAACCAUCAGUGGGAUAGUGACAAUCGAAGAAUAUUCCGGUGAACUAACGGAAUUUUAUUACAAGUUUGUCGGUCGGAGACCCAGGGUUCAUAUUACUAACCCGUGGUUUAAGGACUACUGGGAACAACAGUACGAUUGUUUGGUAAAUGUUAGCUGUACCAUAUCUCACCAUAGAAACCACACAGCGGAGUACCACCAACAUCAGUAUGUGUCGCAAACAGUCACGGCUGUUUACACAUAUGCGCAUGCGCUGAAGAAAGCACACACUGACAUUUGUGGAGCAAAUGCCUCUGGAUUAUGCAAGGAUUUUGUAAAUAUAGCUCCACAAAGACUGUUAGCAUAUUUGAAGACAGUGGAGUUUGUAGGUCUAAGCGGGCAGAAUAUUAAAUUUGAUGAGAAGGGUGAUCUUAGAGAGGUUCAGUACAGGAUUAAAAAUGUCCAAACUACGGAAAAGCUUUAUGAGGUGAAAUUGAUUGGCUCCUGGACGCCUUCACGUGGAUUAGUGCUGAAUAGUACCAUAAGGAUGUACCAAGAUGGCAAUGAGAUGGCAAUGCUACCUCCAUCACAAUGCAAAGGCCUGUGUACCUGCUCCAAUAGUAAAUUUGACAACAGGCGAAUUCUAUCAGACGGAGACGUUCUUCUAGCAGGAAUAUUUGAUAUCCACAUGUCGGGAUCAGUUGGGGAUGA